AUGUUUUCAACCGAAGUUUGUGAUAGGGCAGAACUAGAGCUUGCUCUCAGCGUCUCCGAAAGAUUAAAAACCACAAUGGCCAAACCACAAGAGGGCAAGAAGCCUCAGUUGCUUGUAGUAUCCAACCGUCUCCCAUUGUCCCUGAAACGAGUCGGUGCCGGAAAAUACCAGUCUUCAACUUCCAGCGGUGGGUUAGUGACGAGCCUGAGCGGAAUAUCAGAGUCCAUUGGGUUUCAAUGGUUUGGCUGGACGGGGCUGGAAAUACCGGAAGAUGAACAAGAAGAGGUUCAAAGGUUGCUGGCGGAGCGGAACGCAGUACCGGUUUUCUUGAAUCAGGAGCUAGCCAAUAACCACUACAAUGGCUUCUCAAGAAUUCAGAAUUUCAACGAGAAAUGGUGGCAUGCAUAUCGUGAAGUCAAUCAGAAGUUUGCGGAAAUAGUUGCUAAAGCCACCUCUGAAGGUGAUCUAGUCUGGGUGCAUGACUAUCAUCUGAUGCUUCUCCCCGGCAUGCUGAGAGAAGAAUUUGCAAAGCAGGGCAAAACGUCCGUGAAAAUUGGCUUUUCCCUGCAUACUCCGUUCCCCGUCGCAGAAGUGUAUCGGGCUCUCCCUACGAAUCAUGAGACACUAGAUGGAGUUAUGAACAGUGACCUGAUCGGGUUCCACACGGAUGAUUAUGCUGGACACUUCGCGGAAGCCUGUUCUCAAAUAUUGGGUGCGUCUAAGGACGGAUUGACACUUCAGUAUAAAGAUCGAAAAGUCCAGGUUGGAAAGUUUAUUGUCGGCAUAGAUCCAACGUGCUUCGCAGAAGCAGUGAAGUCAGAAGCCGUUCAGAAUCGCAUAGCCGAACUUGAAGAUAAAUACAAGGGCAUUAAGCGGAUUGUUGGUGUCGACAGGUUGGACUACAUCAAAGGCCUACCCGAAAAGUUGCGUGGUUUCGAAGAAUUCCUCCGAACGCAUCCUGAAUGGGUCGGAAAAAUUGUCUUGAUCCAGAUUGCUGUUCCGAGCCGUGAAGAUGUCCCAGAGUACCAAGAACUGGAGGCUGAGGUAUAUAAGCUCGUAGGCAUGGUCAAUGGUGAAUUUGGGAAACCUGACUACGCACCGGUCAUAUUUGUUCAUCAGUCGAUUCCUUUCGAAGAAUUGGUGGCCUUAUAUGCGGCGUCUGACAUAUGUCUUCUCACUUCCACUAGAGAUGGCAUGAACCUUGUGGCCCUUGAGUAUAUUGCCUGUCAGCAAGAGAGAAAUGGGGUAUUGGCAGUCUCUGAGUUCGCUGGAGUAUCCUCAUAUCUUGAAGGGGGUGUCAAGUUCAACCCUUUCAAUUCCAGCGAGGUUGCCAGAGUAAUUGAUGAAGCUGUAGAGAUGGACACAGAACAGCGGCAAAAAGAGCAUAAGCGACUCCUUGAGUUCAUAGAGACCCAUACCAGGUGCGUUACAGAUUCCUAG